AUGGAUAAUAGAUAUUUUAUAAUCAUUGAUGCGACUUUAGAGUCUCAAGCACCUUUUUUCGCCCAAAAUCCUAUAUUUCAAACAUGGUUACGUGCUUUUAAUAAUGUAGCUGAAGCAUUACAAUUUAUAACCGAAAUAAGAUUACCAUAUAGUAUAACUGUAUAUCUAGCAAGAGAUAAUAUUCUUGAUGAUGGUCUACCUUCAGACAUCAAUGGUCAAAUACGUACUAUUCUUCAUACUUUAAACGAUUUGCAGACAAUUCAUCUUGUUACUAUAUUUACACCCAAUAAAACUUCUAAUCUACUUCAACAAAUUCGUGCCAUUAUUUCUAAUCCAAGAUUGAUAAAAGAUGUCAUUUCAGUGAUCGACUUUCAUGCAUAUAUGUGUCUAGAAGGUGAAAACUAUCUUCAACAAGAAAUUACUCGCUGUACUACUACAAAUGAAGAACAUCUUAUACCAAAUUUAAGCCAAAACAUAAACGAUUUACGCGAGUAUUUGGAAAAAAUUAAAAAUGAUCGACGAAAAAUACUAGAGAAUAUGAUAGAACAACACUCUAAUAAGCCUGGUGAAGAAGAAAAAUAA